CUUGGUGAAAUUCCGAAUAAAGAGGGUUACACACCUCUCAAACUUCUUGCUACUAGGCCAUCGGCAUUCAAAAGUGGAUGCAAGAUGAAUUAGUGGAAUAAGAUUUUAUACCACUGUAUACUCGUGGGAAACCUAAACGUGGAAGAAACUAUCAAAAAUUACAAUAAGAAACAAGAUCAGGAAAACUCAUGCACUUCAUGCCCAAAGAACUACAAAACAUGUUGUCUCUUUCUUUGUAAAUGUAAACAAUGUGUCGUUCAACUUUUACGCAAUGUUAAACAACUGCUGAUCAACAUAUUACGAAAUAUUAUUCCCCCUACAGAUGCUUUUGAUAAUAAGGGAAAGGAAAAAAAAGAUUCGUCAAAUCACCCACCACAUAUCAAUAUACCAAUGCCAUCUGAUCGCAAGCUUCUCCCAGAAAACUAUGCUACAUGUCUUUGGAUCCUGAAGUUUGCAUACAUCUAUACCCUUGGCCUUUCUGGAGUAGGGGUUGAUGAAGUUAGGAAAAUGAAGCAGAAACACAAAUGGUGUAGUCAACUAUUGAUGUUUUUUAUAAAGAACAUCACUCAUUCCUACAUUGGAACUGGCACCAAACCACUUCGAAAUGUGAGCGGAACCGAUUUUGAGGAGGCUUACAACCCAAACCAAGUAUCUGCUGCACCAUUGAUAAUUGAAGAUACAAAGAAGUUUGAAACAUUGAAAAGUGAGGAUGAAAAGAAGAUGGAAAUAUUGAAAAGUAAGGAAGCAAAGAAAGCUAAAACAUUGAAAAGUGAAACACCAAUAUUGACUGCAGCAAGAUAUGGCAUAGUUGAAAUGGUGAAUUUGCUUAUAAAAAAAAUACCAAGUUCCAUCUACGAAACUAACUUGGAAAAUAAAAAUAUAUUAUUAGUGGCAGUUGAGAACAGAAGGACCGUUGUUGUUGAGUUUUUAAAGAAAUGGUUUGAAGUGUGCAAUAAAAAGGAAACAUUUGAUAACCUAAUCCAAGAUGUAGAUAAUGAAGACAACACAAUAUUACAUUUGGCAGCUACACCUGGUGAUGAUGAUUGGCACAUAUCUGGAGCUGCCUUGCAAAUGAUGUGGCAUAUCAAAUGGUUUCAGUAUGCAAAAAAUCUAGUCCCAGAGCAUUUCACAGUUAGAACCAACAACGAGGACAAAACUGCAGGAGAAAUAUUCAAGGAAAAACAUAAACCUUUGGUAACAAUUGGUAGUGCAUGGCUAAAGGACACAUCAGAAUCUUGCUCUGUAGUUGCUGCACUCCUUGCAGGUGUUUCCUUUGCUACAUCAAGCACUGUACCAGGUGGCAACAAAAGUGAAACAGGUGAACCUGCAUUGGAAGGAAAGCCUGCAUUUGAUGCAUUUGCGUUGUCAUCAGUAAUUGGGCUUUGCUUCUCUGUCACUGCACUCAUAAUGUUCCUUUCGAUACUCACUUCUCGAAAAGAAGCAGAAGAUUUCAGAAUUGAUUUGCCAAGAAAACUUCUUUUGGGAUUGAGCUCUCUUUUCUUGUCCAUCGUUGCAAUGUUCACUGCUUUCUGCUCUGGCCAUUUCUUUUUGAUUGACCAAAAAUAUAAGAACAUUGUGUUCCUCAUUUAUUCAGUUACUUGCUUCCCUGUGACUUUGUAUGCAAUAGCACAACUUCCACUGUACGUUGAUCUUCUCAGAGGUAUUGUAACCAAAAUUCCAAAGACAAGUGCUAAGGGUUAGGACUUAUAAAGGUGUAUGAUGAAUUGAAAAUGUGUUUAGUUUAUACAAAUAACAACUAGAGUGAAUUGAGUACUACUACCUAUGCUUGUAGAAGCUUAUAUAUUUAUGUCUGAUGUUGGAUUGUGCUUAUUUAUGUAAGAUUAUAAUAUCAUGUGCUCUAUCAAUGCUUAAAGCUGAUAGGUCAUUUCAAAAUUUA